GUACAUAUUUCUUGGUUGGGAUUGGAUUAAUCUUCGUGGUGUAGUGUAGCUUAGCUACAUAAACAGAUCAACUCUUUAUAUGUAUUCUCUUCUGAAAACGUGUUUAUCGAAUAAUACUAUAAUCUGUGUUUAAAAAAUGUUCGAAUUAAUCGGCACAGCGAACGUCGAACUAUGACGCUAUGACGUGUCCCGUCACAGUAGUCAUCCAUGGUCAUAUCGUUUUCUACAUAUUUAAAUAUGGCAUGGACACAUUACCAAUGUAACUUAGCCGUGCUUAUGGUCAUUACUGGAUCAUUUAAUACUUUGUCCGUUAAGUACGCAGAUCAGCAAGUUGUGGAAAGCGAAGAUGGCCAACUUAGGCACUUCAAUCAUCCUUUCAUGCAAUCUGCCUUCAUGUUCGUGGGAGAGAUGCUAUGUCUUCUUGUAUUCAAAAUAGCAUAUAAUUAUUGUAAACGAAGAAACAACGGCUCUUUAGAUGACAAUCCUUUAACUAAAGGGUCACGAGUAUUCAACCCCAUGAUUCUACUAAUUCCUGCAUUAUGCGACGCUUUUGCCACCUCGAUUGUGUACAUUGGCUUAAAUAUGACAUAUGCAAGUAGUUUUCAAAUGUUACGUGGUUCUGUUAUAAUAUUUACAGCUAUACUUUCAACAGUUUUUCUUGAAAAAAGACUUGAAAGUAGAGAGUGGGCUGGCAUAGGCAUGGUCAUAAUUGGUUUAGCUCUUGUCGGGCUCAGCGAUGUACUAUCUAUGAAAGAUACGGAUAUGAACAUAAACUCUAUCAUAACUGGAGAUUUACUUAUUAUCUGUGCACAGGUAAUAACAGCUAUGCAAAUGGUGGUGGAAGAAAAGUUUGUAGUUGGUCAGAAUAUACCAGCGUUACAAGCAGUAGGAUGGGAGGGUCUGUUGGGAUUGACUACCAUGUCUAUAUUAAUGAUUCCACUGAAUUUUAUACCUGCUACACCACCAUUCGCUGAUAAUUCUCAAGGUACACUCGAAGCCACUAAAGAUGCAUUUGUUCAGAUUGGAAAUAGUGGCCGUUUGCUGACAGCAAUACUUGGUAUGGCACUCAGUAUAGCAUUAUUUAAUUUCGCGGGUAUCAGCGUUACCAAAGAAAUGAGUGCCACUACAAGAAUGGUUUUAGAUAGUGUUCGAACUUUUGUUAUUUGGGCUUUCUCGUUGGCAGUUGGGUGGCAAGCAUUUCAUUAUUUGCAACUUAUUGGCUUCAUCACUUUGUUCAUUGGAAUGUCGUACUACAAUAAUGUUAUUGUUCCACAACUAGGAAGGAAAUGUAUAUAUUUAUUAGGUCGUCACAAACCACCGCCAAGCGAACGAAUUAUUAAUAUAGCUGCCGACGACAUUCCAGAAACUCAAUAAAAUCAAAGUUUCUUUUUAAUUA